CGUAUAAAUAUGGGAUAUUGGCCAAUCGUAGCGGAGGGGGAGGGGUUUGUGGAAAUACGGGUUAUGGGGACGUUUUAAUUCAGAAGAGAGGAGACGAAGAGAUUGAAAAGCAGUGAAAGAAAACAUGGCUGGUAAGAUCCAGGCUCUGACUUUGGACGAGAGAGAGCAGCUCCUCCCUAUGCUCCGCAGCACACAGUGGGCUGAAGUUGUAGGCAGGGAUGCUCUCUAUAAGGAGUUUGUUUUCAAGGACUUUAACCAGGCCUUUGGGUUCAUGACUAGAGUAGCACUACAGGCUGAGAAGAUGGACCACCAUCCCGAGUGGUUCAAUGUUUAUAAUAAGGUUCACAUCACUUUAAGCACACACGAGUGUGGAGGACUGUCUAAGCGUGACAUUACUCUUGCUACUUUCAUUGAUCAAGUCUCAGUGUUGUGAGGAUCAUUCUUUUAUUUAGGCAGAAACAGACCAGAACCUGUAUGUCUCACACUGCUGAAUUAAAUGCAUUUAGUAGGUGCGGUUUCCAGAUACAAACCCAGAUUUAAUUUUUUUUUUGAUGGCCUGUUACAGAGUAUUAAUAAAAACACAAGAUACAGUAUCUGUAAAUGGAUAGUUCUGUGGUGAUAAAGAGCAGGAUGGCUGUACAGGAUGGUCUUAUGUCUCAUAGUUGUAACCCUGUAUCUUCUCUGUCCUGAAACAGUAUUGUGCCUGUAUUUUCUAUUGUGUGCACAGGGUACUGCUGUCCUUACAAACUCAACCUUGUAAAGUGUCUCAACCACUGUGAUGGUUAAGCCUCCAACUGUUUUCCAAAAUAAACAGCUUUUGGUCCAGUGAUUCUAAAUUUA